CCUAAGCCUAGUGGUUCCUUGGUCCACAGAUUUGCACUGAAAACAGGUGGUAAUUGCAAAGAAAAAUGUUGAAAUCCAUUCUGGGUUGCUGCAAGGUAUAUAUAUCAGAGAGCAGAAACAGGAGUGCAUUGGAAUCAAUUGAAAGAGCUGCAAAGCUUUUUCCUCUGGCUCCAAUAAUCAACAAGUUUGAAGAUGUGGCCUACAAUAGAGUGGGUUACACGCUUGUCUCUGACUUGGCUCCUUCAGAGCCAUGUCACUUGACAAAUGCUGUGUUGGCAAUGGUUAAGGCUGCUUUUGACACCGUUGACUUUCAGAUGCACUCUGGAACUCAUCCUCGACUUGGUGUCGUGGAUCAUAUAUGUUUUCACCCACUGGUUGGUGCUUCCUUGGAUCAAGCAGCUAGGAAUGCUAGGUGUUUAGCUAUAGACAUGGGUUCUAGUCUGCAAGUUUCUACUUAUCUAUAUGGAGCAGCACAUGAAGAGGGGAGGACACUAGAUUCAAUCAGAAGAAUUUUUGGUUAUUUUAAACCAAAUUCUAGUGAAAACCAGUGGAUUGGGGGGCUAAAAUCAGACUCUGUGCUACUAAAGCCUGAUUGUGGUCCAUCUCAAGUUACUUCAACAAAAGGUGUUGCGGUCAUUGGAGCAACCAAUUGGGUUGAUAACUACAAUGUCCCUGUAUUAUCUUCUGAUAUCAGUGCUGUUCGUAGAAUUGCAAAAAGGGUUAGUGGAAGAGGCGGUGGACUUGCUUCUGUACAGGCCAUGGCACUUGCACAUGGUGAAGGUGUCAUUGAGGUAGCCUGUAAUUUGUUGGAUCCAAAUAAAGUUGGUGGUGAAAGAGUACAACAAGAAGUUGAGCUCCUUGCAAAGGAAGAAGGUAUUUCUGUGGAGAGGGGAUACUACACAGACUUUUCACAGGAAGAAAUAGUUAAAAGUUACUUGAAGUUGUUUGAAGAGAGAAUUUGAUGUAUAGGGGACUGGUUUACUGUAUAUACAAUUUGCCAAGUAUGGUUUUUGCCAUUUAGUGAAUUUUCCUUCCAGAGUCAAAGUUAAUCUGGUAUUUCCUUGAAAUUAAGAUAGAAAAAAAAAAUUAUUGAUGAAUUUUU